AACACUUUUAUAUAAAUGAGAAUCACGCUGGCUUUUAUAAUGACGUACGUCUUGAAUUAUAUAAAUAAUAACAUCGGAAUAUCUCUAAAUAUAUAUUUUUAUACAAAUAUUUAUACGAUUUUCUUCCUGUAUAUAUUCUGGAUAUCAACCUUGAGUCUACUAAUUAUUUGCCCCACUUGCCCCUCGAAUUACUGUACGCUCGUGUUCGUGUUUAAAUAACUUUUUAGUUGUUAUAGUAGCUAAUUGACGGUCGGUAAGAAAGAUAUUGACAUUAAUAAAUAUGAGGAGUGUUCCACUUUUGUUUGUUAUUAUAUUUUAUACCAACAUAGCGGUGGAAGCUGCAACUCUCACAGUUUCGAUCUAUUACGAAUCUUUAUGUCCCGAUAGUGUUAGAUUCUUUAAAGAUCAAUUUUAUCCAGCUUACAGUACCGUACUAAAAGGUAAAAUUAUCGUGGAUUUAGUACCUUUUGGUAAAGCUACGGCUAAAAAUGAAACUGGAAAAUGGGUUUUUGAUUGUCAACAUGGUAAAAGUGAAUGUUAUGGGAAUAAAAUACACGGUUGCGCCAUCGAUGUUGCUACUAAAGAUACUAGCACCGAAUUUAUAGUAUGCGCUAUGAAAUCAGGUGAUGCUAGUGAUAAUAAUAAUUUGAAACAGUGUGCAGCUGAUAACAAUAUAACUUGGUCGAAUAUAGAGCAAUGUAUGGGCUCUAAUAGAGGCGACGAGAUUCUCGCUUCUAAUGGUGAACGUACGCGUUCAGUUCAACCGAAAAUAACUUUCAUACCGACGAUAAUAUUCAAUUAUCAAAUGAGGGAACAGCUACAGAAACUCGCGUUGAAAGACUUUCACGGCACUGUCGAAUUCCUUUUGGAAGACGAAGAUUGUUCGAAAUGUCAAAAUGGCGGACGUAUAAUCGGUUUAUCCUGGUGUCUAAUAGCUUUUUGUGUCAUCUCGAUAUUUACUUAGUUGAAAUUUAAUACAACUGCAACAACGUCAUUAUUUUUUUUAUUAUUGUCGUUUGAUAAUAGUAGUGCCUCUAGCGGGAUACUAUUGAAUCUAUGGUUAUGACGUACGACUUUCAACUUUAACUAUGACGUAUGUCAUUCUAAGGUUAUGUUGAAAUAAUUAAGAGGUAGCGUCAUCUUUUUAUCAAAACUAUAAUUGAAAUAAAUAUAACGUUGACAGAU